AUGGAUUGCAUUGUAGUCAGUGAUGAGGAAACGAAUUUCAGCAAACAUGUUGUCAAUUCAAUUGUAAAUGAUACUGACAAUGAUGAAUUGGUUGCAAUCGAUUUUGAAAUAGCUGAAAUUGAUAAACAGAUAAAUCACCUUCGUCAACGACGUUCUCAAUUAGUCCAACGACAAAAGAAACUUAAAGAUGCGAACAAACGCCGUCAACGUCAACAGUCGAUAUCAGGAAGUGCGCACGAACAGUGGAAACGAACUGGUCAGUCUAAUUUAGGACAUACCGUUCUUCUGAAUGAGUUACUUAAUUUAGAUUUUUCAUGGAGUGCAAAAGUAAACGAAAUUCGAACGAAUGUCUUUAAAAUCAAUACAUUUCGCCAUUGGCAACUUGAAACUAUAAAUGUAGCGCUAGCUGGUCAUGAUUGUAUUCUAAUUAUGCCGACAGGCGGUGGCAAAUCAUUGUGUUAUCAGCUGCCCGCCUUGAUUUCCGAUGGAAUAACCAUUGUAGUUUCACCAUUGAUCUCUCUAGUAGAAGAUCAGGUUUAUGCACUUCGAAAUCUCAACGUCGAUGCUCGAGCUUUAAAUGCGUCAACACCACGUAGUGAACAAACUGAAAUUAUGCACAUACUCGAUGGUAAAGUUAAAGACGAUUCAUCAUUGAAAAUUCUCUACUUAACACCAGAGAAAAUUGCAAAAAGUAAAACCAUAAUGUCAAAAUUGCAAAAACUCUAUGAAACAAAACGAUUUGCAAGAUUGGUUGUGGACGAAGUCCAUUGCGUUUCACAAUUUGGACAUGAUUUUCGGCCAGAUUACAAAUACUUGUCAAUUUUCAAACGGCAAUUCCCAAAUGUGUCAAUCUUAGGUUUAACAGCGACUGCAACAUUGAAAGUGAUUGAUGAUAUUCGACAAAUGCUGAAGAUUCCACAUUGUGUCUUAUUUCGAGCGCCGUUUAAUCGAAAAAAUCUCUUCUACGAAGUUCUUCACAAAUCUGAUAUUGGAAAAGAUGCAUUCAGUGAUCUCGUACGCUGUAUUCAACAUCGGUUUGAUCAGCUAUCAGGAAUUGUUUAUUGCUUAUCACAAAAGGAUGCCGAAGAUGUCUGUUUUGAACUUCAAAAGCACAAUAUCAAAGCUGGUUGCUAUCACGCCGGCCUUACAGCUCUUGCUCGAACAAAAGUUCAUGAGAAAUGGCUCGAAAAUCAAGUACAUGUUAUUUGUGCUACAAUUGCUUUUGGAAUGGGUAUAGAUAAACCAGAUGAAAGUGGACGAGCUGGUCGUGACGAACAACAAUCGCAUUGCAUUCUUUUUUUUCGAUUCGGUGACGUUUUUCGUUUAGCACCGAUGGCUUUUUCUGAUAAAUCAGGAAAUGGUUUAACUAAUCUUUAUUCGAUGAUAAGCUAUUGCUUAAAUGAAUCCCAAUGCCGUCGGAAACUAAUCGCAAGUCACUUUGAUGAAGUCUGGCAGUCAAACGAUUGUAAUCAAAUGUGCGAUGUUUGCGCACGACCGUCGACUUACAUAACGAAACGAGACUGCUGCGAAGAAGUUUUGCUAAUUAUCGAGCAUUUAGAGAAAAAUCCAAAGCAACGAUUAACAGCACUUCAAUUAAUCGAUCAGUUAACCAUCAAGACGAUGAUCAAAAUAGAUUUACAACGACUUAUUUUACAAAUGAUUAUUGACCAAUAUUUAAAAGAAGAUUUUCAUUUUACGCCAUACAAUACUAUCUGUUACAUUAAACUAGGACCUCGAGCAGGAUACUUUAAGAACUCCAAUAAUCAAGUUAUGCUCGAUAUUAUCGAAAGUUCGAAAAACCGAUCGUCGGCAGCAACUAAAACAGUAGAGAAAGCAAAUGCCAAGAAAAACUCUUCAACCUCGACAAGUCAAGCUUCACGACCCAAAUUACAAUGGGUAACCAACACUGACACAGUACCAAAGCCCAAUCAUCGAAAAAAACGAACGUUAGAAUACGACGACGAUGAUGAUGAUGACGAUGACGAAGAAGAGAACAAGCCGACAUUAAAAAAGCAAUCUACGUUGCCAAAAAUUAAUUCUACAUCGAAGAAGUCUAUUCAAUCAUCGGCAAUCGACAAUGAUGAGCUUGACUUUUUGUGA